AUGAUGCAAGCCAAGAAGAUUAAGUACGACGUCAUCGGGCUGACCGAGACAAGACGACGCCACCCUCUCAACGCCGCAUAUGAAACUGGAGAAGAACUGUUCCUAGGAACAUGCGACAGUAGAGGUGUUGGUGGAGUUGGCGUCCUCGUCAACACGACUCCAACAACAAGCUACGAAAAAGAAGAAGUCGAAGCUUUUUAUAUGGACCUGGCGAAGUUCUACCGAGAAGAUCAUGCCUUCUACAAAUCAUAA